AUGGCUCAAAAACCCAGAUGGGGCGAAUUGGAGGAAGAAGCUGAUGGCGGUGACUAUGACUAUUUGUUGCCGCCGAAACAGGUUAUUGGACCCGAUGAACACGGGUUGAAAAAACAAGAAGUAAGUUUGAUUCUCUGUAUCACAAGGCAAUUGGAAGCAUUUAGAGCUGGCUUUAAUCAGGUUUUUGAGGCUUCAAGUUUACAAAUAUUUUCUCCAAGUGAGUUGGAUUAUUUACUCUGUGGGCGUAGAGAAAUGUGGGAGGCCGAUACACUUGUGGAACACAUAAAAUUCGACCAUGGAUACACAUCCAAGAGCCCUGUAGUAAUUAAUUUGCUUGAGAUAAUGGGAGAGUUCAAUCCAGAACAGCAAAGGGCAUUCUGUCAGUUUGUUACUGGUGCACCUCGGCUUCCUCCAGGUGGCUUGGCUGUCUUGAACCCUAAGUGGACCAUUGUCAGAAAGCUUCAAAGCUCCAACAACACUGCAUCAAAUGCUGCGGGUGGAGUGUCGGAAUCUGCAGAUGAUGAUUUGCCAAGUGUCAUGACAUGUGCCAACUACCUCAAGCUUCUCCCUAUUCCACCAAGCCGUGAAAGAACUCAUUGCAGUUGCCACCAACAGAGAAGAUUCAAAAAGUGUUGUAGAGCUAACAAAUGGUUCUUCAGAGGAUACUAA